UUAGGGUUUUGCAGAUUUACAUUUUACCUCCAUUUUCUUCACAACCACAGAGUUCACAGUAGCAGCCAUGCACUGGAGCUCGCAAUGACGCGAUUUCUCGACGCGAGCUUCAAUUUCUCGACGCGAGCUUCAAUUUCUCGAUACUCGCUCUAAAUUAUUGCUCGACACGGCAAGUGGGUUGCUGAGAAAUUGCUAGAAGCUGCACGUUCCGUUUGUGCGUUUCAAUUCAAUGACUGUUUCCUACGUUCACAUGCUUCAAUCUAUCAGAGGUUUCCACAAAGGCAACCUCUCCUUUUCCAGCCAUGACUACCCCAGACACAGUUACAAGGGGAGGAGGACCCACUGCUUAACUUUUGCUUCUAUGCAAACAUCAGACCCCAAGGUAGAUUUAUUGCUGGACAGUGUAAAAUGGGAUAACAAAGGUUUGGCUGUGGCAAUAGCUCAGAAUGUUGACACAGGAGCCAUACUAAUGCAAGGUUUUACGAACAGAGAAGCAGUUGCUACAACCAUAUCUUCUCGAAAGGCCACAUUUUUUAGCCGGUCACGAUCCACAUUGUGGACUAAAGGAGAAACCUCUAAUAAUUUUAUCAAUGUUCAUGAUGUCUUUCUUGAUUGUGAUCGUGACUCCAUAAUAUAUCUUGGGAAACCUGAUGGGCCUACCUGCCACACAGGGUCAGAAACAUGCUAUUAUACAUCAGUCUUUGACUUGUUAAAACAGCAAGAGGCUGAAGGAAAUAAAUUAGCAUUGACCUCUUUGUAUGCAUUAGAGUCAACAAUCUCCCAGCGCAAAGCAGAGUUAGCAGAAGGAGAAAAUGGAAACUCUUCAUGGACAAAGCGAUUAUUGCUUAAUGAUAAGUUGCUGUGCUCUAAAAUCAGAGAAGAGGCAAACGAGUUGUGUCAAACACUAGAGAAUAAUGAAGACAAGUCACGUACUGCCUCAGAGAUGGCUGAUGUGCUCUAUCAUUGCAUGGUUCUGUUGGCACGGAAAGAUGUCAACGUAGAAGAUGUUCUGCAGGUUCUUCGGCAGAGAUUUUCGCAAUCUGGUAUUGAGGAAAAGAGAAGUCGUGCAUCACAGAAAUUGGAGGAAAAUUGAAUGUUCUAUCAAGUCCAUACUUCAAACACUACAUUUAGCUUUUGGUGACAUGGCCUAAUGUAACAUACGGGUUCUUUCCCGUGUGACUGUGAGUGAGUAGCAGUAACUUCUGUUAAAUUGGGUUGAGAAUGUCAAGAACACCAUCUAACUUUCAUCCUCCCAUUUUCUGGAUAUCAGUUUUAAUCCUUUUGAGGUUUUAGUUAAUUGUAUUUCGUGCAUGCUUAUGUUCAGCAAACUGUAAGUCUGUAAUACACCAGGAGUUAUUAAUUUCUGGUCGUCUUAGUUAUUUGCCCAAGUUGGAUUAUGAAACUUGUGUCAUCCUGCGAUGUCGGCAAUUUAAUUAUUUUUAAUAUUUGACCUUUAUUUCUUAUAUGAUUUUCACUAUUAUCACUGGGA